GGAAUUUAUGUUUUGACGUCAGCACAACAGUCAAUAUGAGGAUUACAGGAUUAAGGAAAACAACCACUGGUCAGAAUGGUGUCGGCGCCUUCAUUCUCCAAUGUACAAAAAUGGAUUUUCAUUACUGCGAUUGGGCUGGCAGUUCCAAGGGCAUGAAUACCUUCAUCAAAAACUCCUUACCGGGCUUCGCGAAAGCCAAUCCUCAAAUCGAAAUCACUGUCUCUCCUCGACCCGCCAAGCACCCAGUCAUUAUAGGACAUUAUAUCAAUGGUCGCGAGAAGGCCAUUUGCGUCAGGAACCUAGAAAUCGGACAAAUAUUAAAAAAGGCAGAGCUGCUCAGAGAUGCAAGUGGAGAAAAACUCAAGAGAGUCAAGAAGCCCGUGAAGAGUAUCAACGAGAGUGUUAGAGGUAUCUGGAGUCCUUAUCAUAGUGGUGGAAUUAAGGUUUGAGGGGGAAAUUUUAACCAAAAAAAACAUUGUUGUAUUAUACAUAACAGCAUUACUGGCGUUAAGGAUAGGAAAUCAUGGGUUCCGAUAGUCCUAUGUCGAAUAUUUCGGCUGUAUGAUGUUAUGGUUAUGGUUAUGAGUUGAGCAACUUAUUAAAGCUUCGCUUUUCUACAGAUUAUCGGCAUUCUUGUCGAUGCUAGCAUCUGUUCUACCUCUCUGUCUUCCCACUAAGUCAUUUCUCGAGCUUCAUUGUCACAAUAAAGAUUGGCA